AUGAUUCAUUCCCGUAUAGUUCCUAAAGUCAUUCAAUUGCAUAUCCUUUUUGUCUUCCUUGCCCUCCUAUGGGAUCUGGCCUAUGCUGACCCUCUUCAUAGCAAUUGUUCAACCACGGGUAACGAUGCAGUUAAUAGUCCAUUUUACAAUAAUCUCAAUUAUAUCCUCUAUUCUUUAUCCUCAAAAGCUUCCGUUACCAAAUUCUACAAUACUUCCACUGGAAAUGACACGAAUAGAGUUUAUGGUCUCUACCUGUGCCUCGACUAUGUUACUAGUGAAAGCUGCGGCGCGUGCAUAACAGAGGCUUCAAAAGAUAUCUUAAAGCUUUGUCCUAGAACAACAGAAGCUAUUGUAUGGGAGGAAACAUGUCAAUUGCGCUACUCAAAAAAAAGUUUCUUUGGCGUACUAGAUGUCACAGGAAAUAUUCCCUUGAAGAACAAGAGGAAUAUUUCACAACCGCAAGAGUUCAAAUCUUUCGUGAACGUGACUUUGAAUAAGCUUGCUAACAAGGCAGCUUUCAAUCUUUUAGCUAACAUGUAUGCUACUGGAGAAGCAGCCUUCCAAGGCAAAACAAUCUAUGCUCUAGUGCAGUGCACUAGAGACUUGUCUGCCAAUGACUGUAAUUUAUGCCUUCAGAGUGCCACAACAGACAUUUUAAGUUACUCCGUUAGGGCAAGACUUCUCAGUCGUAGUUGCUUCUUGAGAUAUGAAUUGUACCCCUUUUAUGGAGACACAUCCAACUUUUAUGGAGACACAUCCAAAUCUUCUGUUUCUUACCUAGUGGUAGGUAAGCAAGUUAUCAUUAUGGUUACGGUUACACCAGCAUGCUUGGCGGUAAUACUUCUGGGUUCCUAUGUUUAUUGUCAUAGGAGGAAUAAAAAAGGUAACAAGAACAUAUAUGAAUCAAAAUCUCAAGAAUUCCCUCAUUUUAAUUUGGCAUCUAUACAAGUAGCUACCAACAACUUUUGUGAUUUAAAUAAACUUGGACAGGGUGGCUUUGGCCCCUUUUACAAGGGUAUACUAAGUGAUGGGAAGGAAGUGGCAAUUAAGAGGCUCUCAUGCUACUCUGAGCAAGGUUUAGAGGAAUUCAAGAAUGAGGUUCUAUUGAUAAUGAAACUUCAACACAAAAAUCUUGUCAGGCUUCUGGGUUUUUGUGUAGAAGGAGAGGAAAAGCUACUUGUUUAUGAAUUAAUGCCCAAUAGCAGCCUAGAUGUCAUUCUCUUUGAUCCAAGGAAACGUGAACAACUCAAUUGGAGGAGACGUCUUAAUAUUAUAAUUGGAAUUGCACGUGGAAUCCUUUAUCUUCACGAGGAUUCUAGACUUAGAAUUAUUCAUAGAGACCUAAAAGCAAGCAAUGUGUUGUUGGACUAUGACAUGAACCCUAAGAUCUCAGACUUUGGAAUGGCAAGGAUCUUUGUAGGAAGUGAAGGUGAAGCUAAUACAGCUACAAUAGUUGGGACAUAUGGAUACAUGGCUCCGGAAUAUGCUAUGGAAGGAUUAUAUUCUAUUAAGUCUGAUGUAUUUAGUUUUGGAGUACUCUUGCUUGAGAUCAUAACUGGGAAAAGAAAUGCUGGCUUCCAUCAAUCAAAACGUGCUCCCAGCCUCCUAGAAUAUGCAUGGAAACUAUGGAAUGAAGGAAAGGCAUUGGAGCUAAUGGAUCCUUUACUGAUUGACUCAUUCAAUCGAGGUGAAUUUCUAAGAUACGUACAUAUUGGACUAUUGUGUGUUCAAGAAGAUGCGUGUGAUAGGCCAACAAUGUCAGCUGUGGUUGGAAUGUUGAGAAGUGAAACUGUCACUCUUAGCCAACCUGAACGACCUGCCUUUUCUAUGGGGAGAUUCACUGAUAAUGGCGCACCAGGUCCCGAAUGUCGCUCUGUCUACGGCUUAUCAAUUUCCAAUAUUGAGCCACGGUGA